GGAAACUGCGUCAUUGUUCUGGAAAAAGACAACCGUAAUCAGAGAGACAAAACAAACCGGCCUCAUUUAUACACUGUCGUUCGUGGUUUUGGUCACUCGGGUCAUUUCGGAAAAGGGCUCGCGCUCGCAGCCGCGAUGGCGUCGCCGCUGGAGAUGACGGAAAUGUACGACAACGCUCUGCUGGGGAUCCUGCAACACGUCGGAAACAUUCAGGACUUCCUGAGGGUCUACUUUGGGUUUUUGUACAGAAAGACGGACUUUUAUCGACUGCUGUCCGGUCCCGACGACAGGAUGGGCUUCCCUCCUGGAGUCGCAGAGAAGAUGGUGCUGAAGACGUUUAGGCUGUUCGAGCAGAUGGCGGAUCAGGACCGGCAGAGGGCGCUGAGCCAGCUGCAGAACGCGGAGGAGAGCCGCGGCGUUCCUCCUGCAGUCCAGGAGCUGCAGGUCUCCUCUGAGCCCCCAAAGGCAGAGGAGAGGAGCAGCGUGGAGGCGCCACAACCGGAGAGCGCCGCCAGCGAGGCUCCAGACGCUGCGGCUGCUGCCGGUGAGGCUGCGGCCCCCAGCGGCAGAGGAGCUCCGUCGUCUCAAGGAGAUGAAGCGGCGGCGGCGGGAGAAGGGAACCAGGACAUGUUUCAGGCCAACCCCGACAGCUACAACGGAGCACAGAGGGAGAACUACAGCUGGUCUCAGGACUACACGGACGUGGAGGUCCGGGUCUUCGUGCCGAAGACGGUGGUGAGAGGCCGACAGGUCAGCGUCAGUCUGCAGCCCAGCGGCAUCAGAGUGUCCACGAAGGACGGCGGCGAGGAGAGAACUCUGAUGGAGGGGGAAUUCACGCACAAGAUCAACACGGAGAACUCCCUGUGGAGCCUGGAGCCCGGGAAGUGUGUCGUGCUGUCGCUCAGCAAGACCUCCGAGACCUGGUGGAACGCGGUGCUGAAGGGGGAGGAGGAGAUCGACAUCAACCGGAUCAACCGCGAGCGCUCCAUGGCGACGGUGGACGAGGAGGAACACGCCGUCCUGGACAGGCUGACGUUCGACUACCACCAGAAGCUGCAGGGCAAACCGCAGAGCCACGAAAUGAAAGUCCACGACAUGCUGAAGAAGGGCUGGGAUGCGGAGGGCUCACCUUUCAGAGGCCAGCAGUUCGACCCGUCCAUGUUCGACAUCCCGCCCAGCGCCGUGCAGUUCUGAGACGCCCGCCGGGACUGUCCAGGACAAAACGGGUUCCAUCCACGGACCCGACCGGCUGUGACGAGGAGGUGCAGCUUAACGCCUAUGGAUGGAGGAGGACUCAGCGGUUCUUCAUCGUUUGCUUUAUAUUUAAGACGUUUUCAGUGCCUGUGUGUUUGUUACGGUUCUGGUCCAGUUUUCACCCAAACCGGUUCUGGUCCUGCGUUUCUGAGACGAUUGGGUGAAAUUCAACAUGAGGAAAGGAUCAAACGAGGUUCCUUCGUCCAAAAGAUGAGACGCUCUGUUGAAGAGAAGUGACAAAUAAAGUUUCUUAAUUCAAAACUGAAA